AUGGGUCCCAGGGCAGGGGGCAUGCCCCCUUCUGUGUGGGGGCUGCUGGGCUGCUGCUUUCUCUGCGCCUGGGCUCUGGGGGGUCCGCAACCCCUGCGCUCUCUACCCCCACUGUCUUCCCAAGCCCAGCCAGAAUCUGUGCCCAUCCAGAUGUCCCCUGAGGGGACAGAGGCAGCCUUGUCUUUUCUCUACUCUGGAGAUGCCCAGCAACUGUUGGGGGCUAACUGCAGUAAGCGCUAUGAAGCCCAAGGGUCAGGAGCCAACACAGCGCUUCCUCCAAUCCUACACAGAGCAGCAGGUAGCCUUGCCCAGGCUGCCAAUUUCCUUAACAUGCUGCUGCAAGCCAACGACAUCCGUGAGUCCAGUGUAGAAGAGGAUGUGGAGUGGUACCAGGCACUGGUUCGAAGUGUGGCUGAGGGGGACCCAAGGGCAUACAGGGCUUUGCUCACCUUUAGCCCUCCACCAGGGGCCAGCCACCUGCAACUGGCCUUGCAGGCCACCCGGAUGCACGAGGAGACCAUCCUUCAGGACUUGACUGGGAGCAAGGUGCUGGAGGAGAGCCAUGACCGGGACCUGGACCCCCUUGCCCUACAGAAGCGAGUGUUGACCAAUGACCUAGGGACCCUUGGCAGUCCCAAGUGGCCACGAGGGGAUGGCUACCUGGGGAACAUGCAGCACAUAAGACAGUCUCCUCCCUUCCUGGAAUGCCAGCAAGGUCGACUCCGUCCCGGAUGGCUUAUCACACUCUCAGCCACCUUCUACGGACUCAAGCCAGAUCUCAGCCCAGAAGUCAGGGGGCAAGUGCAGAUGGACGUGGAUCUUCAGAGUGUGGACAUCAAUCAGUGUGCUAGUGGCCCAGGCUGGUACUCCAAUACACACCUGUGUGACCUCAACAGCACCCAGUGUGUCCCCCUGGAGAAUCAGGGCUUUGUUCUUGGUCGCUAUCUCUGUCGCUGCCGGCUUGGCUUCUACAGGGCAAAUGGCUCUGGCGGGUUAGAGGAGAGCACAGCCCAGCCUACUGGGCAAUUUGGGUCCCUGCAAGGCAGCUCUAGGAGGCUGAUACGGUGCCAGCCUUGUCCUGAGGGCUGUACCAGUUGUGUGGAUGCCACGCCGUGUCUGGUGGAGGAGGCUCUGGCGCUGCGGGCGGCCGUGCUGGCCUGUCAGGUCUGCUGUAUUCUGGCUGUCUUCCUGAGCAUGCUGGUCUUCUACCGCUGCCGCUGGAACAAGAGGAUCCGGGCAUCCGGGAUUACACUGUUGGAAAUCAUCCUUUUUGGAUCCCUAUUGCUCUACCUCCCUGUUUUCAUCCUGUACUUCAAGCCCAGUGUAUUCUGUUGCAUCGCUCUCCGCUGGGUGCGGCUGCUGGGUUUUGUCAUUGUCUACGGCACCAUUAUACUCAGGCUUUACAGAGUGCUCCAGCUGUUCGUGUCUCCAACGGCCCAGCAGGGCCCCCUCCUGAGCAGCGGGCAGCUGCUGCAGCACCUGGGGCUUCACCUGCUGCUUGUGCUGGGCUUCCUGGUGGCAUGGACAGCAGGGCUCCUGGAGCCAGGCCUCCAGCACACAUUCCUGGUGGCCCGAGGUCAUACUCCCACUGGCCGCCACUUCUACCUCUGUCACCACCACCUGUGGGACUACAUCAUGGUUGUGGCCGAGAUACUGCUCCUGUGCUGGGGCAGCUUCCUCUGCUACGCCACCCGAGCUGUGCCCUCGGCCUUUCAUGAGCUGCGCUACAUGGGUAUCGCCCUACACAAUGAGCUACUGCUCUCUGCUGCCUUCCACACAGCCAGGUUUGCACUGGUCCCCUCCCUGCACCCGGACUGGACCCUCGUCCUUUUCUUCUUCCAUACCCACAGCACCGUCAGCACCACACUUGCUCUGCUCUUUAUCCCCAAGUUCCGGAAGCUGGGGGGCCCACCCCGGGAAGAGACUGCGGAUGAGAUGUACGAAGAUGAGCUGGACCUGCGGCGCUCAGGCUCCUACUUCCAUAGCAGCACCGCCUCAGCCUGGAGCGAGCGCAGCCUGGACCCCAGUGACAUUCGGGAUGAGCUGAAGAAGCUCUAUGCCCAGCUAGAGAUCCACAAGACCAAGGAAAUGGCUGUUAACAACCCCCACCUGCCCAAGAAGCGGGGCAGCUUGCACCAGGGUCUGGGCCGCUCCUUCAUGAGGUACCUGGCCGAGUUUCCUGAGGCCCUGGUGCGGCAGCACUCCUCAGGCCGCAGCAGCCUGCCCUGCUCUUCCCACCGCCAGCUCCUCAGCUCCAGCCUCCAGGAACACAAAAGACCACAAGCCCUGCGCAAGUCCCACAGCACCUAUGACCACCACAGCGAGCAGGAUGCACCUCUCCCCUACUCGCUGCUGGGGAGGAAGCUGGCCAAGGUGGCCUCACAGGCGGAGAGCAGAGAGUCCAUGGAAGGACCCCCUGCCCUCGGCUUCAGGUCUGCCAGUGCCCACAACCUGAUGGUGGGAGAGAGGCUUCCCAGAGUGCGGCCCACCUCCCUACAGAAGUCACUCAGCAUCGUGACUGGCUCCAGGGAAAAGGCCAUGCUGGUGGUCAGCCAGGACUACCUGGAAGAGAGUUACCGACAGGCAAAGGAGCAAGAGCGCAAGAAGGCAGAGGCAAGCCCAGAGAGAAGGCCACCAGCCAAGAGGCUGCAACGAGCCUGGGGUGCCCCCUUGUCAGCCCCACCUUCCCCUGCCAAGAGCAGUUCCCAUGCCUCUAGGCAGCCCCAUCAGGAGGUUGGGAGGAGGCUGCCUCACCCACCCAUCAGACACCAGGUCUCCACACCCAUCCUGACCUUGUCUAGGGCCUGCCUGGGAGAGCCAAGGGUGCUGUCACCCAGCUCCACCUUGGCUCCAGCCCCUGCUGUAGCACCUGUCCCAGCGCCUCCUCAAAGCCCCAGCUUGCUCACUUACAUCUGCCCCUGGGAGAAUGCAGAACUGCCAGUAAGAAAAGAAAAUGUGAUCCAAGAAGACCCCUCAGGGCCAGAGCGAGGCAGCCACUCCCCUGCCUCUGUGCAGACUAGGGUCUGGAGGGCCCUCUCAGUUUCAGCAGAGAAAAGAGGGGCUGGAGAGAAUGAAAUGGACACAGAGGACAGGGGUCUCCAGGGAAAAGCUGAGGUCCUGGGCAAGGACGGGCCCACGGUCCUCUCUAAAUCCCACAGCCUCAAGGCUCCUGUUCAGCAGGGUUCCAUGUGCAGUCUGGGACUGGCUAUCAGAGCUCUAACCCAUUCUCGGAGCACAUAUCUAGAGAAAGACAGUGGGAAGGAGAGUCCUGAGAGAGAGGAGAAGGGUAGAGCUUCAGGAGAAAGUGUGAGGUCAUCCCCCAAAUCACCCAGGGUGGGUCGGCCCAAGGGAAUAAGUAAGCAGGCUGCCCUUGCCCCCUGUGACGAUGAAGAGUCUCUCCAGAACCAACAGAAUGCUCACACCAGCAGAAUGCUCCAAGUCUGUCAGCAGGAGGGCAGCAGGAAGCAAGAAGACAGAGGGAGGAGGAAAUCCCAGGGCUGGGGGGAUGGAAAAGCUGAGAAAGCAGGUGACACAGGACAUGCUACAUUGAGAAAAGGCAGGCAGGGGACAACGGUGGACAAAAAGGCAGAGCAAGCAAAACCAGACCCUAGAGGGUGGCAGGAACGGCCUAAAGCUGGUGUCCUGCCCCUGGGCAGUGCUGCCCACAGGGUAGCAGAAAUAUGCCCUUGGGAAGUCACCAAGUCAGAAAUGGGUCUGCAUGACAGCAAGGCUGAAAUCUGCCCCUGGGAGGUGAGUGAAGGAAGUCCUAAGAAAGGAGCACUAAGGCAGAAUCUAGAAGAUCACUGCCAAGACAAGAGAGGGAAAGUCUCCAAAAAACUAGAACCCAAAGAGGUGGGUGCCAUUGCUCAGAAAAAGCCAGAGAGGCUGGUAAGGGGGCAUGAGGCAGCGUGUGUUGGGAAGGGUACCGUUCCUGGGGGACUGUCCCCUCAGUCAGCCCCCCAGAACACUGAGAGAACCAAGGGCAGAUCUGAAGCAGUGGGCAGUGGGGAGGCUAGGGAGGUGUCCAUGUGUCAGUGGGAAGUCACUGGUCCAGAAGUUUAUCAAGAAGGCAUGGCCAAGGAAGAGCUCUACCCUUGGGAGACAAGGGAGAGAGGAGAGGAGGUGGCAGUGAGGGAGCUCCCCCAGGAAAAGCAGAAAAUCCUCAAGAAAGCAACUUUUUGGAAAGAACACAAACUGGGUGGAGAUUGGGGGUCUCUCUGUCCAUGGGCGAGUACACAUUUUCGGGGUCCCACAGCGGUCUCAACUAUGACCUCAGGAACCCCUGAGUGCUCAGGGGAUUUGAGCAGUGGCAUUACUGAGGUGUGUCCAUGGGAGGCAGAGGAUGCUCGUGCUACCAGGAAAGCAGAGAUCUCUUCCUGGGAGCUGGGUGCUGAGAUGCUGGGGAAAGAGACAAACAGUCAGGGGACAGGUGGAGAAUCUCUCCAGAAAAAGGGAAAAGUCCCCAGAGAAGGCAGCACUGGAGAGAUGCAGGAACAAGCUUGGAAAAGUCAACAGCAGGAGUCUGUCUGUUCGUGGGAGAGGACAGCCACUGGGCACUCCAGCCCAGGUGUGGGAAAAUCCCCAUCCAAAGCUGGAGGAAGCAGAGUGACGCAGGUAUGUCCAUGGGAAGAUAGCAAACCAGAGAUAAAGGAAGGGCCACCUGCCAAAGCAGGGAUCUGUCCCUGGGAGGUUAACGGAAGAACAGGGGACUGGGCAUCGGGACAGACUCCAAAAGGCGGCAAAUCUCAAAAGGGCCAGGAGGAAUUACAUGGACAACCAGGAAUCAACAAAGCUUGGAGAGAACCUGAGAGGCAGAUCCCAAAGCUGGAAGCAGUGUGUCCCCAGGAGAGGGUGGACCCUGGCAGUCUUCCCCAACAGCCAGGCUCUCAAGACACAGUUAAACCCAAAGCCAGUUUCCAGAUGUCAGGCAGCGUGGGAAGCAAAACUGCAGAGACCUGCUCGUGGGAUGUGGAGGAGAACCUGACUGCAGAGAAAGCGAACAUCUGUUCCCGGGAGGCAAGUGGUGGAGCAGAGCAGGAAAGGGCUCUGGGAGAGGAGGACAGUAAGCAAUUCCCAAGUGACACAGGAAAGGCUUGUGGCCAUUCUGGACCCAGUCAGAGAGUAACUGCUCCGAAGAAGCCAGAAAGGCCAGCUUGGGAGCAGGAGGUAGCCCAUCCCUGGGAAGGUUUGGAUCCAGGGGAUUCCUCUCACCAUUCACAUGCUCUGGACACUGAUAGAUCAGAACUUGAACUCCAGGACCUGGACAGUGUGGGGAGCAGACCAGCAGAGAUGUGUCCCUGGGAAAUAAGUGAAGGAAUGACUGAGAAGGGCCUGGGACAGGAGACAGGGUGUAAGUCAGCAGGGCAGAAGAAGAAAACUCUAGAAAAAAGAAGACUUACCUCCCUAGGAGAAGACAUAUCAAAAUGGGAGGUAAAACUGAGUCAGAAGCAGGAACCUGUUUGUCCUUGGGAGACCACCGAUUUGAGGGAACCCCCUGCUCAGGUCCCCAGGGUUUCAGACUUCUCCAGAAGCAUAAGUAUUCAAGUGGCUGAGGGGCAGUCCUUGGAAGGGGCUCUGAGGCAAGACCCAAGGAGGGGCUCCCUUCCAGAAAACAUGCUAACUCAAGAAAAAGCCUCAUGUCCCAAAGCAGAAUUCACUAUUAAACAUGGGGUAAACACAUGCAGGGAGUUGCAAUCUGUCCAUCCAUGGGACACUCAAUGCAUAGACCAGUCUAAAAUCGACUCCCAGAGGUGGGUCAGUGUUGAAGUCCCAUGCCCAUGGGAUGUUCCCAACCCAUAUACUUAUAAAACUGACAGUAGCUCCAAGGUCAAGAUCUGUCCUUGGGAGGGGAAUGAACAACUUUCUGAGAAUGGGGUGUCAGGACAGGAUGGGAAAGGGAAACUUCAAGAGAAGGGGAACGUCCCCGAAAAAUCAGAGCCCAAAGAUUUGGUAGUUCAGAAAAAGCCAAAGACGGUAAACAGGAAGGAGGCUGUAUGUGUCUGGGAGAGUCAAGAUUGUGGGGGUCCAUCUCUACAACCAACCCCACAACCUUCUGACAGAAGCAAAGGCAGUACUGAGGCUGCAGGUUGUAUGGAAGCCAGGGUAGCAGACACGUGUCUGUGGGAAUCAGAAGAGACUCCCUCUGCCAAGAAAGCAGAGAUCUGUCCCAGGGGAUGAGUAAAGGAAGGGAGACAAGAACAGAACCUAGACAGAAACUCACAAGGGCAAGGAGAGACAAAGGCAAGCUCUGGAAUGGCUGAAGAACACUUUCCAAAGGCGGCAGCAGCAAAACCCAGCAGGGAGCAGGAGACAGUCUGCCCAUGGAAAGGCACAGAUUCCAGGGAGCCCUUUCUCCAGGCAGACGCUCUGGACAUCGACCGACCCAAAGCCAGUCCCCAUGAAGCAAGCAGUCUGAGGAGGAGGUCAGCAGAGCUAUGUCAAUGGGAAGACACAGAUCCAGAAGGAAACAGAAUAAAGGGCACCAUGGCAGAAAUCUGUCCCUGGGGGGGAACUGGAGCCCCAUCUGAGGAAUCUGGCCUCUUGGCUCUAACAGCUACUCAGACAGAAAUGUUUGUCACCACAGCCUAUGAGAAACUACCAUGCCUUUCCAUCCAGAGACCUAUGGGAAGCUUCCUGCCAGAAAGCAAAAGCCCCCACCCCGAGGUGAGCAGGCCAGCUGGUACUUUUACUCUGGAAGGUGUUAAAGAACUCCAAGGACCUUCAGGGUUUAGACCAGGAACCAGCUUAACCCCAGAGCCAAGUCUCCAAGAAGCUGAGACUCAGAACUCUUCCUCCUUAACUGAAGACCAAAAAGCAAUCUCUGUAACUCAACAUAAAGAAUUCACCCUUCCAAAUGUCUAUCCGUGGGACUAG